GUUUCGGAUUAAAAUAUAUAGACGUAGAAAUGCAGAACGACGAAGAUAAAAAAGAAAUAGCUUUUGACAUAAAGCAAAAUAAAACAAAAGAAGGAAGAAGAAACUGGCUUACCAAGUUUAAUCUUAAUUUAAGAGCAGCAUCUGCUCAAGGUAAGGAUGAUGAAAAAGAUGAUACGCUGAAAAGUAAGAUAUCGACACUCGUUAAACAAACUGUGCACGAUACAAAUAAAAAAAUGGAGUUGGUAUCGCAUAUAAAGGAGCAUCUACGUGAUAAAUAUCCUUAUAAAGUUGGUUUCAUAUUGAGUAUGAUAAAGAAAUCGAAAGAUGUUCUGAACGAACUUUUCAAUAUAGCUGUUAAGCAUAAGAACGAUUGGAAAGCGCUUGAACAAUUGAAAAUAUUUGAACUAAUUGUUCACACGAAUGUCGAUACAACGAAUCUUGUACGACAACUUGUUGAAGUACAUCUUCAGCACCUGAACUCCACACAGACAGUAUUAUAUCACAGGAGUAGAGUUGUAUUAUUAAAAUAAGUCUCUACGGACGCUUAUUGAACUCCCUCUCUCUCAUUUAAUCUC